UACUUCAUUUACUCCCAAUAUGGCUGCGCCCAUGACAGUGCGUGCUUCUCGGUGCCUAGCAGACGUAUUUCGUCGUCGAUGUAGCCACCGAAAGCUAUCAGGGGCAUUUAUCAGAUGCUUGGCCACAACCCAGAAUGGUGAUAAUGGUGAGAAAAGAGAAACACAUUUUGGAUUUGAAUACAUCCCAGAAGAAGAGAAAGAGGGCAAAGUGUAUGAAGUCUUCGAAAAUGUGGCCUCCCGCUACGACCUGAUGAACGACACCAUGAGUGCGGGGGUGCACAGGUUAUGGAAAGAUCACUUUCUGGAAUGCAUGGCACCAACACCCGGGACCAGUCUCAUUGAUGUAGCAGGGGGAACAGGUGAUAUAGCCCUGCGGUUUCUACGAUAUAUCCAGUCACAAACAUCAACAGAACAUAGACAAGAUUUCAAAGUGAAAAUACCAAGGGAAAUAACAGCAAAUAUUUACAUGGACACAGCAGAGGGGUAUAGCUCCGACAGUUCAUCGUCAGAUGAGGAGACAGAAUCUCCUCCACGCAACUCAGCGGUUACUGUGUGUGAUAUCAACCAGGCGAUGCUGGAUGUCGGGAAGGCAAAACUUGAAAAACUGGGAUAUAUGACAGGAAUCAAUUGGUUGCAAGGAAAUGCUGAAAGUCUACCACUAGAAGACAAUUCCUAUGAUGUAUACACCAUAGCUUUUGGCAUCAGGAACUGUACCCACAUAGACAAGGUUCUGUCAGAGGCGUACAGGGUUCUGAAGCCUGGGGGCAGAUUCAUGUGCCUCGAGUUUAGUCAAGUCAAUAAUCUAUUUCUCCGAUCGUUGUAUGACAACUACUCCUUCCAAGUUAUUCCUGUGAUGGGGCAGCUGAUAGCAGGAGACUGGAAGUCCUACCAGUACCUGGUGGAGAGCAUCAGGCAGUUCCCCAACCAGAAAGAUUUUUCUGACAUGAUCCAAAGGGCUGGCUUCAGAGUUGUCAAGCAUGAGAACCUCACAUUUGGAGUGGCAGCCAUUCAUUCCGGAUUCAAGAUUGUGUGAAUUCAAACGGGAUCUUUCUUCUGAUAAACCUCUGUGUGUGAAGAUCUGACAAAUUCACAUAAGUCACAUAAGUUGAAAUCAGCCAAUCUGGCUUUUGAAUUAUAAGUGCCAGUGAGUGGAGCUGCCAGUCAGUGCAGCAUAAUUGACUUCUUGAAAUUGCACAGGAAGUUCUGAAUGGAAACUAAUAAAGUAUAUGGUAUUACAGUAUGUGAA